GACCUCAUUCAGUUACUCUGGCUCGGCUUGUUUGUUGUCUGGGGUAACGCUGUUGCUGGGGACGAUGUCAGAACACAUUCAGCUCUCAGUAGCCCUGUGUAGGAUUGGCUUUUACAAGUGUCUCCAGACAUUGUGCUGUACGGCUCCCCCUUCACCCAGACCGGAGUAUGAUGUUGUGUGCAUUGGACUGAGUGGUGCUGGCAAGAGCAGUCUGCUAUCUCGUUUGUGCAAUGAAAUCAGUAAUGGCACCGUACCAACCACAGGUUUCAGCAUCAAGGCAGUGCCAUUUGAAAAUGCAGUUUUGAAUGUGAAGGAACUAGGAGGAUCCGAGACCAUCAAGAAGUACUGGAGCCGAUAUUACCAAGGAUCCCAAGGUGUGGUGUUUGUCCUCAAUAGUGCUACGUCAGAUGAGGAGAUGGAGCUGUCCCGAUCUGAGCUCCACUUGGCCCUGCAACAUCCUCAGCUCUGUGCCCUUCCUUUCCUCAUUCUCGCCAAUCACCAGGAUUCACCGGCUGCCCGCUAUUUACCGGAGAUACAGAAGUACUUGGAAUUGCAGCCCCUGGGACAAGGGAAGAGAUGGGUUCUUGCAGGCAGCACAACAAACAACAUGGAUGCAGUGAAGGAGAGCUUCAGUCAACUCAUCAGCCUUUUGGAAGAGAAGGAGGUGCAACUUAACAGGAUAUGAUUCAAUCAAACUUCAAAGUGGAAAGUGGGUUUGAAGUGUUGUUUGCAAGAAGGAAUUUUCUGGACCUCUCCCUCGUAGAUGUUUUAUAACCCACCGGGGACAUAGAUGCAAACAACCACAUGUUUUGAUGAGUUGACUGGCAUAUUUGUUACCCAUAGGUCAAGGUC